AUGGCAUCUAUUGAAAAUUCUUUAGAUAUUAUAUCGUCAAAUUUAGUUGGAUUUUAUUCUCGUCGUUUUUUAUCAAGUUUUCUUGAUUUAAGUAAUCAAAUGAAAAAUUUGAAUACAAAUAGUCAAUUUAGAAAAGCUCUUGAUUUAUAUGAAUAUGAAAUAAAAAAAGAAAAUAAACAAAAAACAAGUUUAGCUGUUAAUCAAGCAUUAAAAGCUUGUGUUGAACUUGGUGAUAUAGAACGUGGCAAAAAUAUUCACAAAAAUCUUUCUCCUACGAUGAUAAACAAUUCAUUUAUUCAAGCUACUUUAAUUCGUUUAUAUAUGGAAUGCGGUGACUAUGAAAUAAGUAAACAAAUAUUUAUGGAUAGUAAUAGAAAAACAACAUUAAUGUUAAAUAAUAUUCUCAAAGAUCUUAUUGAUAAUAAUCGUUAUGAAGAAGCAUUAAAUCUUUUUAAAGAAAUAAAUAUAACAAAAGAUGAAUAUACAUAUAGUAUUUUAUUUAAAAUUCGUACAGAGAUAGCCAAUAAACACUCAUUAGAAUUUGGACAAUUUAUAUUUAAUAAAAUGCCUAAAAAUUUUUCUAAUAAUAUUAUAGUAAUAACUUCUGCUUUACAAAUGUUUAUAAAAUGGGGUGAUAUGUACAAAGCUGAACAAUUAUUUAAUCGAAUUGAAAAUAAAAAUUCCUUUACUUAUAGUAUAAUGAUGAACGGUUUUAUUUUAAACAAACAAGAAGAACGAGCUAUUGAACUUUUUUUUCAAAUAAAAAACCCAUGCAAUGUUAUUUUGCGUAUAUUUUUUAAUGCUUGUGCUCAAUUAAAAAAUGAAAAAGCAUUGAAUUUGGGUAAAAAAGUAUUUAAUCAAUUAGAUAUUAACUCAAAUCAAACAAAUGUUGAUAUAUUACAUAUGGUUUUAAAUAUGUUUAUUAAAUGUGAUGAUCUCAAAUGUGCUGAAUCUUUAUUUAAUCGAAUUAAUCGAAAUGUUAUUUCUUAUGGAUCAAUGAUGAAAUUUUAUAAUAUAAAAGAUAAACCAGAGAAAACAUUGGAAUUAUUUCAAAGAAUGAAACAAGAAUAUCUAAAUCCCGAUGAAAUUUGUUAUGUUUUACUAAUUGAUGCAUUGUCAAAAAUUGGUGAUCUUGAAUUAUCUCAAUCAUUUGUUAAUGAUAUACCAAAAAUUUUCUUAAAAAAUUCAUGGAUUCAAGUUGGAUUAAUUGAUUUAUGGGGUAAAAUUGGUUCACCAGAUAAAAGUAAACAAAUAUUUGACAUGAUUGAACAUCCAAACAGUGUUUAUUUUGGGGCUAUGAUAAAUGCAUAUGGUUUAAAUGGAAUGGGUUUUGAAGCAAUUGAAUUAUUUAAUAAAAUUCCAUCUUCAAUGUUAAAUAAUGUUAUUUAUGUAUGUGUAUUAAAUGCUUGUUCUCAUUCGGCUCUUCUUGAUCAAGCUUGGAAAAUCUUCAAAAAUAUUCCAUUCAAUCAACGAACAGACCAAAUUUAUACAACUAUGAUUGAUACCACUAGUCGUCUUUUUCUCUUUGAUCAAGCACUUGAAUUAAUUGAUGAAUAUGAAAAAUCUCAUCAUCCUUCCAUUCCAAUGUAUAUGUCAAUACUUUCAUCUGCUCGAAAUGCCAAGGAUGUAUCAUUAUCAGAAAAGAUUUAUCAUCGUAUUGAAACGAAUUUCGCCAAUAAUGAAAAAUAUCUAACAUCAGCUCGAAUUCUUCUUGCUAAUACAUAUGGUUUAACUGGAAAUAAAAACAUGGCGUCAAAUGUUCGAAUGAUAUUAGGUCAAUCGAAUACAAAAAAAGUUGUUGGUUGUUCUUGGACUGUUAUUAAUGGAAAAGUUCAUAAAUUUCGAGCUCAUGAUCGAUCAAAUCCUUAUUCAUCUGAAAUUUAUGAAGAAUCAGCUCGAUUAUUAGUUCGAUUAAUCGAACAUGGUUAUAAACCUGAUCAAUCAUGGAUAACUCGAGAAUUAAAUGACGGUGAAACAACUGAAUCAGUAUUAUGUGGACAUAGUGAACGAUUGGCUAUUGUCUUUAAUUUAAUUAAACAACCAUUACCAAAUCGUAUUCAAAUUGUUAAAAAUCUACGUAUUUGUGGCGAUUGUCGUUAG